CAUCUCACACACAUAAACGAGCAAUGAGCGACGAGCAACAAUACGACGAUAAACCUCCUAACGAUGCAGGUGCGGAAUUAGGAGAAGAAGGCCUCGGCGGCCUUACCGAAGCCGAUUUUGAUUCCAAUUGGGACGAAACCAUCGAGUCGUUUGAUGCCAUGGAGUUGCCGGAAGAACUACUUCGUGGAAUCUUUUCCUACGGUUUUGAAAAGCCAUCUGCUAUUCAGCAGCGUGCUAUCAAACCGACGAUUCUUGCAAAGGAUUUGAUUGCCCAAGCCCAAUCCGGUACGGGGAAAACCGCUACUUUUGCAAUCGGCACCCUAGCCAGGCUCGACCCCAAGCUUCGCGAAUGUCAGGCUUUGAUCUUGGCUCCCACUCGUGAGUUGGCCCAGCAGAUUCAAAAGGUUGUCCUGGCUUUAGGCGACUACAUGGACAUUCAGGUGCACGCCUGUGUCGGAGGUACCGCCGUUCGUGACGAUAUCCGUACGCUUCAGGCUGGUGUCCAUGUCGUCGUCGGUACUCCUGGUCGCGUCUUCGACAUGAUCAACCGUCGUGCACUUCGACUCGACAGUAUUCGCCAGUUUUUUUUGGACGAGGCCGAUGAAAUGCUCUCGCGUGGUUUCAAGGACCAGAUCUAUGAUAUUUUCAAGUUCCUCCCCGAAACGGUGCAAGUAUGUCUGUUCUCAGCGACCAUGCCUUUGGAUGUGCUCGAGGUCACGGAGCGCUUUAUGCGUGAACCAGUUCGUAUCCUUGUCAAGAAGGACGAGUUGACUCUGGAAGGUAUCAAGCAGUUUUACAUCUCAGUCGACAAGGAAGAUUGGAAGCUUGAGACCCUCUGUGAUCUUUACGAGACUCUGACGAUCACCCAGGCGAUUAUCUACUGCAAUACGCGGCGCAAGGUUGACUGGCUCCAAGAAGAAAUGCAGAAGAGAGAUUUCACUGUCUCGUGCAUGCAUGGAGACAUGGACCAGCGUGAACGUGACAUUAUUAUGCGUGAAUUUCGUUCCGGUUCUUCCCGUGUGCUGAUUACUACCGAUCUUUUGGCGCGUGGUAUUGAUGUUCAACAGGUCUCGUUAGUCAUCAACUUUGAUCUCCCCACCAACCGUGAAAACUACAUCCAUCGUAUCGGACGUUCGGGACGUUUCGGGCGUAAGGGCGUGGCUAUUAACUUUCUCACGGAAGCAGAUGUCCGCUAUUUGCGUGAUAUUGAACAGUUUUACACGACGGAAAUCACUGAGAUGCCCAGCGAUGUCGCGGAUCUUCUCUAGCGGAAUUGGUCCGUACGUACAGGUUCGUCAACUGAUCGUUGUCCGUUCUUGUGCUGUCCUUGGGGCUUUUAGCAACAGAUUCUGCUUGGCGUAGCAAAGUAAUCUGAAAAAGUAAGAGAAAUUGUGUGUCG